AAACAAUAGUAUAGCAGCUCCUUCUCCUUCUUUGCGCCGUUAAACUCUUCUUCUGCAACUUUUGCUUUAAAAACUUUGGAAUUUCUCUGCAAAAUCCAUUUUUGUGUCUCUACUUAUCUCUUCAUAGCAUUGAAAUUUGUGGGUUUUUAUUCAAAAAUAUGCCUCGUACUACUACUGUGGAGAGCUCUGGUUGCCCUCCUCUUAGAGCUUUGACGUUUGACAUUCUUGGACUUAUUAAAGUUGUUGAAGCUAAGGGUGAACAGAAGGAAGCUCCAAAGGUGGUGGAGAAAUGGGGGGAACCUGAUGCUUCAAGGUGUGUGCUUGCGGCGUCACUUGUUGACCGGGAAUUUGACCCUCUACUAGGUGUAGCAAGGAAAAGCGGCAAGAUUGAGGUUCUUAGUCCUGUCAAUGGAGAUGUUCGUGCAUCCAUUUCAAUUGAAAGUCAAAAUCAUCCAGGAUCGGCUGAUAAUUCUAUUGUUGGUUUGCAUUUAUUCAAAGGAAAAAGAUUGGGCUCAUCAUCAAGGUCAUGCAACCUGCUUACAUGCACAAGCAAAGGACAAGCAAACAUGACAUAUGUUAAAAUGUCCAAAUCACUUGAAGAUUCUGGUGGUGAAAGUACUCAAACAACAUGGAAUGUUUGUGGUUCAGGCAGUAUUUUGUGCUCUAAGGUAGAUGCCGAUGAAAGCUAUGCAUUGUUUGGUGGGAAGGGUGUUGAGGUUAAUAUCUGGGAUCUGAAUCAGUGUGCUAAAGUUUGGUCUGCAAAAUCUCCAGCGAAAAACAGCCUCGGCAUAUUCACCCCAACUUGGUUUACAUCUGCAACUUUCUUAUGCAAAGAUGAUCACCGUAAAUUUGUUGCAGGCACUAAUAGUCACCAGGUGCGUCUUUAUGAUAUUUCUGCUCAGAGAAGGCCUGUUGUUUCAUUUGAUUUUCGUGAGACCCCUAUUAAAGCUGUGGCUGAGGAUGCAGAUGGACAUACGAUAUACAUAGGAAAUGGGUCUGGCGAUCUUGCUUCUUUUGACAUCCGUACAGGGCAACUUUUGGGAUCCUUCUUGGGGAAAUGUUCAGGAAGUAUAAGAUCCAUAGUUAAGCAUCCAGAGCUUCCAGUUAUAGCCUCAUGUGGAUUGGACAGCUAUUUACGCAUUUGGGAUGUCAAGUCACGACAACUUCUGUCUGCGGUUUUCUUGAAGCAGCAUCUCAACAGUGUUGUAUUCGAUUCAAAAUUCUCUACAAGAGAAGCUCAGGUACCUCCUCAGCAACAAGAUACAGAUGAAACAUUACAGACGGAAGAAGAGGAAGAGGAAGAGAAGGUUAAACGCAAGAAGGCAUCAAAAGAACACAGCGGAAGCAAGAAACUGAAGACCAAGAAAAAAAGUAAAAGGUCGAAAGGAGACAGUAACGACAUUGCCUAAUCGUUUUGCUUUCCAGAAUCCCUUAUUAUCGAUCACAUCUCUAAUGCACGAGUUCAGCUAAGAGGAAUACCACAACAUACACUAGAACAUGGUAAGAUGCUUAGUGUGAAUUCAUGACAUGGCUGCAUUCGUCCAAGUUAGAAGAACUCGGGAACACGAGUUGAGUUCUUUGUUAAAUAUAAGCUUAGCUAGUUGAAGGCAUACAACAACAAUUAUGACUCGAUCCCAAACAGGUUGGGGUCGGCUUUCUGAAUCCUCACUGUCCAUGUGCUCCAAUUAGCUUAGGUCACAUUUCAAUAUUGUGAAGAACUGAAAUACAGAUAGCCUUUAAUGCUUGCAUAUGUUUUAACAGUUUUGAAGUUUGUUUAAGGAAAAAUUACAUUAGUUCAAAAGUAGUGAUGUUGUUUUUCUCA